AAAACGUGUCCAUUCACUGCGAAACUGGUUUGUUUGCUUGGAGAAGUCAAACAUGGAGAUUUAGACAAAAUUUGACAUGUUUGACCCUGUUUAUCAUAAAUUAUACAGCCGAAAUGGUGCUAAAUAUUAAUAUUUCACAAAAUGGAGUUUAGUUUCAACGUAAAUAACCUACUUGCCGACUCGAUCACAAAGUUAGACUGCAACAUAACACCAGCUAGAAGGAAUGCAGAGGGAUACAGCCAAAAUGAGUUGCGGUCACAAUUACUGCUUGUUAUUGACAGAAUGGGAGAAGCAUCCUCAAAGGCUCAAGGAUUGUAUACUAUAAUAACGACUGGAAGGAAAUUACAACUCUCAGACCAUAUACUGUAUGUUAUGAAAGAUGCCUCAGGGCAUGGGGGACGUGGAACAGUUAUAGGAAUAUUAAAGAUAGGUCAUAAGAAAUUAUUUGUUUAUACAAAUCAUGGACAUGUUAACGAGAUGGAACCAUUGUGUGUCCUUGACUUCUAUGUUCACGAGUCAAGACAACGAAUGGGAUGUGGCCGCAAGUUGUUUGAUUACAUGUUAGCGGAUAUGGGAGUGAAAGCAUGUCAUCUGGCUAUAGACAAACCUUCAUUUAAGUUUAGUCAGUUUCUAAACAAACAUUAUAAUCUACGUGCAGAAAUACCGCAAGUCAAUAAUUUUGUUGUGUUCGAGGGGUUCUUCAGCAAUAGAACAGAUACAAGUGUAAGUAAAAGAAAUGGUAGACCUCCAGUUCAUCCAAGUCGGCACAGAGUGAAUGCAUCAGACCCAGCAUCAAAUGCUGGCCAGGAUCCGUUGCUUGGUUACAUGAAAUAUGGAGAGCAAAUGUUAGACGAAGCUUUCCCCCGGCAGAACACAUACAAUGGUUAUAGCCGUCCCCCAUUGCCUCCAACAUUUCAGGGCUCGGGACAGGGAACCAGCAAUCAGUUCGGUAGCCUUGGCAGUCGACCUCCAUCAGGUUCCUCUGGUAAAGGUCGAAGUUUAAGUGUGAUGGCCUCACCAAGAUCUGACGUGCUGGACUACCAGAGGAAUGGUCAACUUCGUCCCAUUUCUAACACAAAUGGUGCUGAUGAGCAAGAAGUUCGCAGUUUAAGUGCUCAAGUUGUGAAAUCAAAGGGCAAGCAGAUCUACAGCAGACAUAUUAACCACCCUGACUCUCCCAUUGGCUCAUUAUCAGGGUCACGACCUUCUAGCGGAAAAUCAUUAAAUGGACAAGUUAAUCCUUCUAGUGUUGGAAUGAAUUUAUUAAAUGGAUUACAAACCCGAAAUCAAAACUCUACUUACGGUGAUCCACCUUUAUUAAGAAGGGGUAUGACUCAAGAUGAAUAUAGCUCUAAAAAUUUAAAUCUGCAUCAUAAUUAUCAGGACCGUAGAGGUAACAUGAAGACCACAACAGCUUAUGAGCAGCCAAUACGGAACCCAUUUAUAACCCGUGAAGAUGAACCAGGAAAUGCAGGCUGGCAGGCGCAUCGGGAUCCAGCCAACUGGACAGUACUUGACCCAACACCAAAUUAUCUUAGUCUAGCUAAAAGAAACUAUACUCAUACUCGACUAUGGUGACACACAAGAACGCCAUACGUUUGAAACGGUUGACAUUUAGACGAAAUAUACACAGAUUAAAUAAAAAGCGCUAAAAAUAUCCUAGUUGACUGGAAAAUUUACUUAUUGAUUAUUAAGCAUAAAGAUUUCAAAUUGAGCCAAGGGAUAAAUGAAACACAGGAAUCAGUAGUAGUCAAAUAUUUCUGUGAUAUAUUAAUGAAGUAUUUUAAAAUAUUGAAAAAAAAUACUACAGUAUAAGGAAAAAGAAGUCACAUUUUAAAACAAUUUUGAUAAUCUCAUUCUUUAUUUUUUUUUCAAGAAAUAUGAUUUACUUAAUUGGUCAAGAGAGAUAAUAAUUAUACUUCUUUGAUACAAUUGUAGGAGUUGUCUCUCUUUGUAUGUUGGUGCAUUCUAAAAGAUUUCAUGUGACACAUUCCUGUAAGAAAAUUCUGUAAGAUUUUUUUUUAGCUCAAGCUUGCAUAUUUUUAAUUUUCAAAGUAAAUAUUAGAUUGUAAAAUCAUGGUAACUGGAGGAGUAAAGCUGGUUGCCUAUCUUCUCAGUGUAAUAGAGUCAAUUGAAUAGGAUUUUUUUUUUAGCUGUGUUUUAUUAAAUACUUUCAAGUAUGAAAUUAAUGUUAAUUGUAUUGAUUGAUAUAACACAAUAGAAUGAUAGGGUAAUUAUUAUACAAGAGUACAUGUAUCUUGAUCUGGAACUUGUAUUUUACUUGAGUGAAUUUUACUAGUAAUAGUAUAGGGUCUGACG